CCUCCUCUCCUCUCUCCCCUACCGUUCCGCCAUUAACCGCCACUACUGCUGCCUCUCUUCCUGAAUCUUGAUCCCACUCCCAUGCCUGCGACUCUACGAGUUCGCUGAGAACUAACUACCACCAGACUCCAUGCGGCAUCGGCAGCAAGGGGAGGACAACAAGGAGCUCUUCGUGCAGUGGAGGCCCUGCGACAAGAAGAGGUCCUAGUCGCCGGCGACCCGCAGCCGCAGGAACAGAUCUGUUUAUCGGGUAAUUCUUUUAAUCGGUGGGUGUUGGGCUGAAUGGUUGAUUCGAGCGCGGGAGGGAAGAUGAGCGCGCACGGCGGCGGUGGCGGCGGGAGGACGCGGGUGGGGAGGUACGAGCUGGGGAGGACGCUCGGGGAAGGGACGUUCGCCAAGGUCAAGUUCGCCAGGAACGUCGAGACCGGCGAGAAUGUCGCCAUCAAGAUCCUCGACAAGGACAAGGUCCUCAAGCACAAGAUGAUCGCGCAGAUAAAGCGCGAGAUCUCCACCAUGAAGCUCAUCAGGCACCCCAACGUCAUCCGCAUGUACGAGGUGAUGGCCAGCAGGACAAAGAUAUACAUAGUCAUGGAGCUUGUCACAGGUGGCGAACUUUUCGACAAAAUCGCUUCACGUGGGAGGCUCAAAGAGGACGAUGCCAGGAAAUAUUUCCAGCAGCUCAUCAACGCUGUCGACUACUGCCAUAGCAGAGGCGUCUAUCACCGUGAUCUCAAGCCUGAAAAUCUUCUGCUUGAUGCUAACGGUACUCUCAAGGUGUCCGAUUUUGGACUCAGCGCCCUAUCGCAGCAAGUCAGAGAGGAUGGGCUGCUGCAUACGACUUGUGGAACUCCCAAUUAUGUUGCUCCCGAGGUUAUAAACAACAAAGGUUAUGAUGGAGCCAAGGCUGAUCUGUGGUCAUGUGGGGUGAUUCUCUUUGUCCUCAUGGCAGGCUACCUUCCGUUCGAAGAUUCAAAUCUCAUGGCGCUUUACAAGAAGAUAUACAAAGCAGACUUCAGUUGCCCAUCUUGGUUCUCGACGAGCGCAAAGAAGCUCAUCAAGAAGAUACUAGAUCCUAAUCCUAACAGUAGAAUAACUAUUGCUGAGGUUAUUAACAAUGAGUGGUUCAAGAAAGGAUAUCAGCCUCCUAGGUUUGAGACAGCAGAAGUUAAUCUGGAUGACAUUAACUCUAUUUUCAAUGAAUCUGGGGACCCAGCACAACUUGUUGUCGAGAGACGUGAAGAAAGGCCGGCAGUGAUGAAUGCAUUCGAGUUGAUCUCUACCUCCCAGGGCCUCAAUCUUGGCACACUAUUUGAGAAGCAAACGGAUUCUGUUAAACGUGAAACACGGUUUGCGUCGAGGCUUCCAGCAAACGAAAUAUUGUCGAAAAUUGAAGCAGCAGCAGGACCCAUGGGCUUCAAUGUACAGAAGCGCAACUACAAGCUGAAGUUGCAAGGAGAGAAUCCUGGAAGGAAAGGUCAGCUGGCAAUUGCAACAGAGGUUUUUGAAGUGACACCCUCACUCUACAUGGUGGAGCUCCGCAAGUCGAAUGGCGAUACCCUCGAGUUCCACAAGUUUUACCAUAGUAUCUCGAAUGGCCUGAAGGAUGUCAUGUGGAAGCCAGAGGGUAGCAUAGCCGAAGGCGACGAGACCCGGCACCGGAGGUCUCCGUGAUCAUAUCUAAAUGUUAGGAGAUAGUAGAAGAUAAAACUAGUCAGGAAUCUCAGGAAAGGCAUGUGGAUGUUUUCUCAUGUUCUAGCCGUGGUUGUAAACAAAGAUCCGAGUUUAUGGAUGAAAAGGUGUGUAAAGUUGCAUUGGUUUUAACCUAGUAGGAAAUAUGGAGUAAUUGGGAUUA